CAACUACAAGAUUACAGAUUUGGGCGGAAUUUCCUACUUGGAUAUACACAUACCCCUGCAAUGGGCAGCGACUUGGACAGACAAAUAGAGCAGCUACGGCGGUGUGAGAUCAUAAGAGAGAGCGAGGUCAAAGAACUCUGCAUCAAGGCGCGAGAGAUUUUGGUGGAGGAGAGCAACGUCCAGAGAGUGGACGCGCCAGUUACGAUAUGCGGGGACAUACACGGACAAUUUUAUGAUUUGAAAGAACUAUUCAAAGUUGGAGGAGAAUGUCCUCAGACAAACUAUUUAUUUAUGGGUGACUUUGUCGACCGAGGGUUUUACAGCGUCGAAACAUUCUUAUUGCUUUUGGCUUUAAAAGUCCGAUACCCAGAUAGGAUAACACUCAUCCGCGGCAACCAUGAAAGCCGACAAAUUACCCAAGUAUAUGGGUUCUAUGACGAAUGCCUCCGAAAAUACGGUUCUGUGAAUGUGUGGCGAUAUUGUUGCGAAAUAUUUGAUUACCUGAGUCUGUCGGCGAUUAUCGACGACAAAAUUUUUUGUGUGCAUGGUGGUCUAUCACCUGCUAUUAGCACACUGGAUCAGAUACGAACAAUAGAUAGGAAGCAGGAAGUCCCACAUGAUGGUGCGAUGUGUGAUCUAUUAUGGUCUGACCCAGAAGAAAUUGAUGGGUGGGGCCUAAGUCCAAGAGGUGCUGGCUAUCUCUUUGGAGGUGAUAUUGUCGACAACUUUGUACACAACAAUAACCUCGAGCUAAUAGCUCGAGCACAUCAAUUAGUCAUGGAGGGUUAUAAAUUAAUGUUCAAGAACACGAUUGUUACAGUAUGGUCGGCGCCAAAUUACUGCUAUAGAUGUGGGAAUGUCGCUGCCAUUCUGGAACUAGAUGAACUCUUAAAUAAGAACUACAAGAUUUUUGAGGCGGCGCCGCAGGAGGCACGAGGGAUUCCAAGCAGAAAACCGGCCCCUGAUUACUUCUUGUAGACAAAGAUUAUUUUCUUUACUACCUCCCACGUCAUUCAACCAGCAUCUGGUUUAUAUGAUGUGGUCGUAUUUGUUUGUAAUGUACAAACUGACCAGAAGAUUGUCUAUAUUUGUAUUUAUGUUGUCUGAUGCGAGACUAGCAAGAUUCGCCGUUACAUAAUGUCGAAGAACUCAAUCUCUCCGGAACAGAUCUCGAACAAAUACUUCAAUAAACGGACCAAAGGUAUAUCUGGA